GAGGGGCACACCUUCAUUGAGCUUUGGCACAAACUAUGCUAUAGAUUGGACACGGAUGUAGAACGAGGUAUUGUCAAAUGCCCCAUCAACGAUGACAAGAACCACAGGUUGGUUUAGGGGGGGGAGGGGGGCCUGGGAUGCUUUUGACGACGGAUAUGAGGUUCUGGGAAAGAAUCUGAUGGUAUGGUGUCAAUCACCAGAAGGCAGUGUGUACAUCGACAAUCGGAGAUGAAAGAGCGGAUGAGCGUGGAGCAGGAGGGUGAAGAACAGACUAGCAAAGAGCACGAGAGCCAACAAGCAGAAGAGCAGACAAGCAAGAGAGUAGAAAAGGACGAAAACCAGAAAAGCAGGAGCGCAAAGAAGACGGAAAGCAGAAAAGGAGGAGGAGGAGGAGGAGGAGGAGGAGGGAAUGAAAAGCCAGAAAAGAGAGAAGUAAGAAUGAUCCAAAGUGCAGAAAAGGCAUUAGCAGAUGCACCACGUUUCAAAAUCAUGUUCUGAGAUUUCAUGAGCGGGUAGCCUGGAGGUUGUCGGACUGCUGGCAUCUCAGAUCCAGAC